AUGACAUCCAAAUGGUCCCCAGAUGGCACGCCUACCAUCACAAUCACGAAUGGCAUCCCCGAUCCAGCCGAGGCGUACCACUGGAAUCUCACCAGAACCACCAAAGGCUUCGCCAACAGUGAUAAUUUGACCUGCUAUCGUAAUGUGGUCCUGCAGAUGCUCUUCCACAUGCCCAUCUUCCUCAACUGGGUGGAAAUCUGCGUCUUUUCACACGUGGACACCCAAAACAGGUGCUCCAACGGUCCUUGGCUCGAGGAUGAAGAGCUAUUUGGGCAGUGCAAAGUGUGUCUCUUGUCCAAUUUGAUCGCGGCCUUUUGGAACCCCAAGUUCUCGCAGAAAGAAUUCCAGGAAGAUAUUGAUAUUUUUUGGGCGGUCAUCAUGGAUGACUGGACGGCGAAGAAGGUGCCCAGUGCCCAGGCUCAGAGUCAAGAGGAUACGGCUGAGUUUUUUGAUGAGUUGAUCACGCAGUUGGGAAGAGAUGUUCCCAAAGUUCAUCAAAUCCUACUCGAGGACAUCUUUGCCAUCAAGACCUCCGAGUUUCUCACUUGUGCCAGUGGCUGUGGUCACACUAACCAAACCGACAACACGACCAACCAGUUGAACUGUUCGUUCGUCAAGGCCGAUGGAAAGCAGCCCGAAGCACUCGAUGCCAUGAUCGCAGCAAACUUUGACCGCACCGAGGUGGACAGAGUCUGUAGAGUUUGUGACGCCAAAUUCUUAAAAUUCGAACAGUUUCUCACCAAAGUCCCCGAGGUCCUUCUUACCGAAGUUAACCGCAUCAGCUACAAUCUCUCCAAGGGCGUUUUUAAAACAACAAAGAUCGCAAAGGGCAUUGAGAUCCCCCAAGAACUGAUCAUCAAGAAGGAGUGGCUCGAUCCCAGCAUUGGCAACGCUCGCCAGGAUAUCAGAUAUGAGCUCAUGGCGGUGGAAAUGCACCGAGGCACAGCAACGACCCAGGGUCACUACACUACGGCGGUCAAGGAAGUAGAUGGGAGCUGGACCUACACGGACGAUAUCAAGAUCACCUCCUACCAGACCUUUGAGACCAUGGCGACGCAGAAAACGAUCCACAGCCAGGCACACAUUCUCACCUUCCGUCGGCUUCCCUUGGUACCAAGAGGCCCGGAUAUCAGCUUGACCACGUCUUUGGUGCAUGCUCGGUACAGCGAUGCCAAUUUUCGCGUCGGCAUGGGCCGUGUCAACGGUACCAGGGGCAGAAGUGAGCGUGAAGACAGUGAGCUUCAGGCUCGCCACAGUGCUACUUUCACUCAGCGAGAUCCCUCCAUCAGCGACGACGAACUGGCAGCCUUGGCUGCCCAAACUGUGGUGCCGAAUGGCAUCAGCCAGAGUGUCUUGAACUUGGCCACACAACUGGGUAUGCCGAACGGCACUCAGCUCGACACGCAGGUCAACGGCCAAGUAGCCACGCAAAAACCUACUUGGAAGAACAUGCAUGAUACCAUCAACGCUGAGGAGCCUGCCCCGAGCCGGUGGGGACGUCCUGCAAAUCCUCCGAAUGGCCUGGAGAUCGAUUUCGAGGAUCGACUGCGUGGAAUCCUCGAAAUCAAAUUCACCGACCCCAACGGCGAAGUUCAUCUACUGGGCUAUAUCAAGGGGAUGCUGUGGAAUGGUCUCAAGACGUUGCCCCCAAAGGCACCUGUGAGAAAAUACAUGGCGCAACUCAAGGCCCAGAAGGCCAAGCAGGCAGCCGUCGAGGCACGCACUUCACGACAAAACACGGUGUCUCCGUCGUCGGGCAUCGCUACCCGGAGGAGAACGAGUGCGUACAAGACCACCCGCGCAGCGAGGAAGACCAGCGUGACCGAGAAGAAGGCGGAGGGGAUCGAGAAGGAAGGGGACAAGUUGAAUGAAUUGACCGCGGGGGACUCUGCCAAAGUGAGCAAGAAGACGACUACCAAGACAAAGAGGCGAUCACGAAAGUGA